AUGGCUGCGGAGCGCACUUUCGACUCGGAAAAGAGCCAGCUCGAGUACUACUCCUUCAGGUGCUCUACUGAACGGUACCUAAACCAGAGAUGGAGAAGAAUGUACUACCUGAAGGAGUAUUUCCUGAAGGACUUCUGUACCCCUAGGACUUUCAGCUUCCCGUUACAAGGUUUCUACGAGGUUGUCACGAAAUCCAAGUACUGGGAAAUGACAGGGCUUCUCCUGGUUUGCCAUCUUGUUCUCUUUGUGGUGAUAGCGGCUAUUAUUUAUAUCCCACUCAUGACGCUUUUGUCGCCAUUGAUGGUCCUGUUGGGACCAAUUGGUGUGAUUUUGGUACACAUUCAGUGGAUCAUACAGUCUCAGGCCAUCAGUGGGUUUGUCGUGAAGCUUACCAUAUGGCCCACUUAUCAAUAUAGAAUAUUCCAAAUGGCACUGUUAUACAAUACGGGGACAUGCUCCAAACCUAUGAAAAGGCCCGGUAUCCAGAGAAGUACUCAACCGGCGGCAUAUAGAGGAGUCAAUACUGACUGGUCCAAAAGGAUUUCCGUCUCUAUGCACAUCCUGUACGUUGUCGGCCGGUUCCUUUUCUUCCUGUUGAUUUCGCUUAUCCCCAUCGUGGGCCCCAUUGUGGUUAACUUACUACAUUCAAGUUCCAGAGCAGCAGCGUACAUAAGAAACUACUUGGAGUGGAGGGGUUGUGAGCCGGCUCAAAUGAAGGAAUUGAAGAAAGUCCGCAGUGGGUUAUUUUGGGCGUUUGGAAUUCCUGCCACUUUGCUCGACUUGGUUCCCUUUAUUUCCAUCGUGUCAGCAGCGGGAAACACUGUGGCUGCCACCAAAUGGGGGUUGGAGCUAACGGGGAAAGGUAUUGUCUAG